ACAGGGAUCAGGCAGGGGGUAGCUGGGGUCAGGCCAUGCAGUGGGUGACUGGUGCCCCAGGCCCUGGGACUAGCAUUUUCCAAAGCCAGCAGUGAUCUCAGCUCAGCCCAGCAAGGGAGUGGGGUCCGUGAGCCCCAAAGGAGGACACAGCUGCCUCCUACCAGGCCCCAGGCUGGGGCCCACGCAGCCCCACUCCCUGGCUGCUGCUCUGCCUAAAGGGGCUGCAGUGCACCUGGGCCUGGGGCAGGCAUUCUGCAGAUGGAGGCAGACACUCUAAGCCCCCUGACGCUGGGCCUCCUCCUGCUGCCCCUCUUGGCCACGCUGCUGGUGGCGCUGUGUGUGCGUUGCCGUGAGCUGCCAGCCUCCUAUGACAGUGUUUCCACAGAGAGUUUGUCUCCAAGGAGCAUUCUCAUUAAACCACCUCAAAUAACUGUCCCCCGAACACCUGCCACUUCCUAUCCUCCUGUUAUUUCCUUCCCACCCUUGAGGCAGCCAGACUUGCUUCCCAUCCCGAGAUCCCCACAGCCCCCCGGGGGUACCCACCGGAUGCCAUCUUCCCGGCAGGAUUCAGAUGAUGCCAACAGUGUGGCGAGCUACGAGAACCAGGAGCCAGCCUGUGAGAAUGUGGAUGAAGAUGAAGACGAGGAAGACUAUCCCAAUGAGGGCUACCUAGAGGUUCUUCCUGACAGCACCCCAGCCACCAGCCCUGUUGUUCCCUCUGCCCCUGUACCCAGCAACCCUGGCCUUCGAGACAGCGCCUUUUCCAUGGAGUCAGUGGAAGAUUAUGUGAAUGUCCCUGAGAGUGAGGAGAGCGCAGAAGCAUCUCUGGAUGGGAGCCGGGAGUAUGUGAAUGUGUCCCAGGAACUACAGCAGGAGACCAGGGCUGAGCUGGUCACCUUGGAUUCCCAGGAAGUAGAGAAUGAAGAAGAGGAGGGAGAGGAGGAAGAGGAAACCCCAGAUUAUGAGAACCUGCAGGAGGUUAACUGAGAUUCUGCUUCAGCCACCUGUCCUGGUGCUGGCCUUGCUGGGAGGCCUGAACUAGGCAGUUGGGAGUGGCUCUGGGGGUUCUACUUGAGCCCUGCCUGGACAACAGCCUGAGAAUAUCCCCUAACUUAUUGUCACUUUGGGGUCCAGUCUGUGUCCCCCAAUACUCUGCACCUUCAGACAAAGCCUGAGAAUGAACCUCUGUAGUCCCAGCUAUACCAUGUCACGGAAUAAAGGCCACUG